AUGGUCAGCAUUUCCCUACGAACACUAUGUCGCCCUCGAGAGGAUAAGCUUCCUUCGAUUUACCGCUACGUGGGCACUGACUACGAUGAGAAGGUGUUGCCCUCCAUCAUCAAUGAGGUUCUGAAGUCUGUCGUGGCUCAGUUCAAUGCUUCUGAGUUGGUGACUCAGCGAGAGGUUGUUUCGCGUCGUAUUCGACAAGAGUUGGUUGAACGCGCGCGUGAGUUCAACUUGAUUUUGGACGAUGUUGCCAUCGUGGACCUCGCCUUCUCACCAGAGUACGCCGGUGCUGUCGAGCAGAAGCAAGUAGCCCUGCAACAGGCCGAACAGGCGAGGUACCAGGUUUUGAAAGCGCAGGAAAUGAAGAAGAACAUCAUCAUCAAGGCUCAGGGUAGGACAUCGCCUCCAAUGGAGGGAAUUUACUCUAGUAUUCUGUUCAGCAGCAUUUUGGCGUCGUCGCUGUCAGAAAAUGUU